AGCAGCAACACCAGCAGCAGCAGCAGCAGCUCCAGCACCAGCAGUAGCUACAGUAGCAAUAGCAGCAAUAGCUACAGCAGCAACAACAGCCACAGCAACACCAGCGACAGAAGCAGCAACACCAGCAGCAAGCGCCAAAGCAGCAGCAUCAUCAGCAGCAAGAGCAACAAAAGUAGCAGCAACACCAGCAGCAACAGCAACAGCAGCAGCAGCUCCACCAGCAGCAGCAGCAGCAACGGAAGCAGCAGCAACAACAGCAACAGCAAGGAGCAGCAGCAUCAGCACCAACACCAGCAGCAAUAGCAGCCACAGCACCAGCAACAGCAGCAACAGCAAAAGCAGUAGCAACUCCAGCAGCAGAAACAACAUCAGCAACAACAGCAACAACAGCAGCAACACCAGCAGAACAAGCAGCAGGAACAACAGCAACAGCAGCAGCAGCAGCAUCAGCAGCAGCAGCAACAGCAGCAACAGCAAGAACAGCAGCAACACCCGCACCACAAAUGCAGGGGCAGCACAAUCGGCAGCAGUAGCCGCAGCAACAACAGCAGCACCAGCACCAGCAACAGCAGCAACAGCCGCAGCAACACCAGCAGCAACAGCAACAGCAGCAGCAGCUCCACCACCAGCAGCAGCAGCAACAAAAACAGCAGCAAC